AUGACUGAGGUUGUCUCUAGCAUCCUUGGACCUCUUCUGCAGAAACUAGCUUCAUCGGCAGUUGAAGAAAUUCAACUAGUGUGGGGCGUCAAGGAUGACCUAGAGAAGCUCAAAAGCAUGCUAGAGAUGAUCCAGAAGGUGCUCGCCGAUGCUGAGCAGAAACAAACAAAACAGGAAGCUGUGAGGCUUUGGUUGUCGAAACUUAAAGACUUUGCUACGAUGCCGAGGAUGUUGGAAUUUUACUUUAUUCUUACAAUAGAGGAUGUGCUAGACGAAUUUGAAACCAACGCUUUGUGUGGGCGGGUGAGGAGGACCGAGCACUUGACCCUCAAAAGGAAGGUACGCUACUUGUACUCGUUUAAGAUAGCACAUAAAAUGAAAGAAUUGGGAAAGAGACUUGAUAGGAUAAAUGAAGAGAAAAUCAAGUUCAACUUGUCGAGUGAUAUUCAUGAAAAGGCUAUCGUUCCGCGGAGGAAAACUUACUCUUUUGUACGCACUUCGAAUAUAAUUGGAAGGGAUGAAGAAAAGGAAAGGAUAAUUGAGCUGUUGAAAAGAUCAGAUGAUGGUGGAGCUGGAAUUAUAGCAGUCCUUCCGAUUAUUGGAAUGGGAGGUACUAGAAAGACGACUCUUGCUAAAUUGAUAUACAAUGAUGAAAGGGUAAAGGAGCAUUUCGAACACAAAGUUUGGUUAUCCAUGCCAUUAGAAUUUGAAAUUGAGAAGACAAUGAGAGACAUCAUCAAGUGUCUUAAUAACGAAGCAAAAUUUGAUAACUGGACCCUUGAGAUGCUACAAAAUGACCUAAGAAGCAGAGUGGAGAACAAAAGGUGUUUGUUUGUAAUGGACGAUGUGUGGCAAGUGAGGAGGGAGGAGUGGGAGCAAUUGCCAUAUUUGUUAGGAGGUGUUUCCAAAGGGAGUAAAAUCAUAGUCACUUUGCGGAAUAAAUUUAUCACCUCAAUCAUGGGCACUCGCUACCCUUUUGAUUUGGCCAACCUUUCGCGGGAGGAUUCUCUGACUUUGUUUGUGAAUUGUGCGUUUGAUCAAGGGAAAGAGAGAAAUCACCCGGACCUUAUGGUUAUCGGCAAGGAAAUUGUGAGGAAGUGCGGGGGAAAUCCUCUGGCGAUGAAGACUUUGGGAAGUUUGUUGUAUUCAAAACACAACCAGAAGAGUGACUGGGAAUUUGUAAGAGAUAGUGAGAUUUGGCAAUUAGACACUGGCAUUUUACCUUCACUAAGAAUAAGCUAUGAUCUAAUGCCGUCUUACUUGAAACAAUGUUUUGCUUACUGCUCGAUAUUCCCAAAGAAUCACGAGUUCAGCAACUUUGAUUUGAUCCAAUUUUGGAUCUCGAACGGUUUUAUCCGACCCAGAAGAAAAAAUCAGGAGCUGGAAGAGAUUGGACGGCAGUACUUGAAGGAGCUGUUCUCAAGAUCCUUCUUCGAUGUCGUCGCGGAACGUUAUCCGGUAGUGAUCUUCAAGAUGCAUGAUCUCAUUCACGAACUUGCCAUUUCAGUGGCACAAACCGAAUCGUGCAACAUGACGAAAGAGCGCACGCAGGAUAUUUCCCCGAGCACUCGGCAUAUAUCAAUUUUCAACACAUUUGAUGUACCGAAAGAUGAACUACCUGGCUGCUUGAGCAAACUCAGCCGUGUUCGUACCGUCAUGUCUGAGAAGUUGGGUUCCUCUGAGGAGUUCUUUCUGGAGACGUGCAUUGAGCGAUUCAAGCACAUGCGAGUGCUAGUGCUACAUGAAUCCACCUUUGACCUACUGCCCAGUUCUAUUGGCACUCUAAAGCAUUUGAGGAAUCUUCAUUUAUGCUAUAGCCCUAAUCUCAAGAAACUCCCCAAAUCGGUCUGCAAGCUUCGCAAUCUGCAGUGCUUAGUUCUUAGCGGGUGCACGGAACUCGAGGAAUUGCCUGCAAACAUAAAGAAUAUGAUCAACCUCCGUUUUUUGUCGGCAACCACGAAACAGCAGCGUUUCUCGGAGAGUGGAAUAGGAUGCUUGACCUCUCUGCGGUGGCUAUUCAUUGCAGACUGCAUGAAUUUGGAGACCUUGUUCGAUGAUAUCCAAUCGCUCAAGUCGCUCCGUGUAUUGGCCAUCGCAAAUUGUCCGAAGUUGGCCUCUUUACCACAAGGCAUCAAGAAUCUCCAGGCAUUAGAGCAUCUCUGGAUUGGGUACAGCGAGAGAUUGAGGCUGCCAGAAGGCGAAAGUAAUGAACCACGCUCCACGUCGAGGCUUCAAUCCUUCAGAUUCGAGGGAUUACCGGAAUUAGUUUCGUUGCCCAGGUGGCUCGAAGGUUCUGCAAGCACACUGCAGAAGAUAAAAAUUGCGGGUUGUCCCAACUUGAGGAUGGCAUUCGCGGUAUUGCCACAAUUUAUAUCGAGGAUUAGAGCAGUGAUGAAGAAGAAGGCUCCAUUUCUUGCGUCGAAAAUAGCGACUAAAUAUCUAUCCAAUGCUCACGUGGUUUCCGCCCCGGAGAUUCUCGGGUUAAUUGGCAGGAGCAUUGAAGAAGAAGAUUAUUGCGAAUAG